AUGGCCGCCCAACAACCAACCAAGGCCGACUUCCUUAAGUCCCUCAAGCCGCUCAACAAACAAGAAUGCCCAAUAUGUUUCGAGAACAUGAAGAAUCCCACCCAGCUGCCGUGUAAGCACAUUUAUUGCCUCAAGUGUAUCAAGAUGUGGCUCAAGGAUAUGUCCAAUUCUUGCCCAAGCUGCCGCGCCCCGCUCUAUCAGGCCGAGAUCGAGGAAGAUGAUGAGUGGGAAGAGCCGGAGCCUGCGGUGGUUGCAGGACCACCAGUAGCAGCAGUAGCACCACCACCGCCGCCGCCACCAGUAGCAGCACGAGCAGCACCGGCAGCAGCACGAGCAGCGAGAGCACUAGCACCAGCACCAGCAGCACGAGCAGCACGAGCAGCACGAGCAGCGCCCGCAGAGCUUGGCACUGUCGAUAAUCCGAUCGUUUUGUAG